UUGUGGUGACUCUCUCUUGAAUCACCCCACAGCGAGCCCAGCGCCAGUCAUAUGUGAAGUCUGCGGGACAUACUUUGAAACACGACGAGGGCUCUCCAGCCACGCUCGGCUCCAUCUACGACAGCUCGGUGUGACCUUGUCGGAAAGCAGCGGAGCUCCCAUAGAGCUCCUAUACCAGCUUGUUCAGGAGAGAGACGGCUCCCUGCCUAACUUCAAAGCAGACUCGUCUGUACCUCUGACACCUACCAAAAAAACAUCCCAGCAGGAGUCCAGGUCUCCUUCAGUAUCAGAAGGCAAGAGCUCCUCCUACAAAGCAGGAAGUAAAGUCAUGACUUCCCCACAAAAGAUGGAUCAUCAGGGAUCUCCAGCCAGAUUAAAAGAGUCAACAACCUCUCUCCUCCCCGCAUCUCCUCCUCCUCUUAGACUGGCUGAGGGCAGCAGCUCGUCCUCAUUAGAACAACAAACCACAACCAAGCCACUGUGGGCGCCACUGGAAACUGAUGCCCCCAUCACUUUGGCUUCAGACAACAGUGAUGAGGUCCAUGUUUGCCAGCUUUGCGGCAGCUGGUACGAAACACGCAAAGGCCUGUCCAGUCAUGCUCGGUCCCAUCUGAGGCAGCUUGGAAUCCCUGACAGCGACGUCAAGGGCAGCCCUAUUGACCUUCUUUACCAGAUCAUGGAGGAGGAGGAUCUCAAGCCCAUCAUCACAGAGCAACAGGAACCACUCCUCUCAAACAGCCCCCCUACGCCCUCCUCUAAACGGCCCUCUGAUAAGUCUUCUCCAACUGCAUCUCCUGUUAGUAAAAAACCUAAAUCCUCAGAAGACUGCACCUGUAUUUUGUGUGGGGAGCAGUUUGAAAACCGAAAAGGCCUGGCCUGCCACUCACGAUCUCACCUGCGUCAGAUUGGGGUGGUGGACCUGCUGGGGAAAAGCUCUGCGACAGAGGCUGUUCAGGAGCUGGUUAGCAGGGGCAUGUUAGAAGCCAGGCACCCCCCCAAAAAAAAUUGUACCAUCAGCUCAUCUCCAUCUCCAGACCAACCCCGCACCCCACUUCCCUCCACAUCCUUCUCCCGAACCCCAGAAAAGGCUCCUCACACUUCAGUCAACCGGGCCCCAAAGGCUAAGAAAGGCUUUCGGCUAGCAGUGGACCCCCUUCAUAGAAAACCCAAGCCUGAACCUGUGGAGGUUGAGUUGUCUGCACCAAAGGAGCCCAGCACCAGCAGCAGCAGCAGCUCGCCCCAUCAGAAGUCGCCUGUUGCAGUUGUUUCGUCAAAGUCUCUCAGUGCAGUGUCUCCAAUAGACUCACAAUCCCCACCAACAGUCCUUUGCGAUUUCUGUGGUCAGCUGUUUGACACCCGUAAAGCCCUGUCAUGCCACGCCCGCGCCCAUCUGCGCCAGCUCGGCCUCACCUGGUCGAUCAAGACGUCGCCGAUUGACGUCCUCAAAGAGGUCAUGAUGCAAGGGGAAGAGGGCAGGAAACACUCAGCACCAAGUGGGGCUUCUGGCAAAGCCACAUGGAACCCUCAAGGCUCCAGAAGGUCCCUGGACAGCCUCCAGUCAGGGGAGCCACCUUCCAACAACUGCACUUCACCUCUAGAUUAUUCUAUGAAAGAGAAAUCAUCUUCAGGCAAGAGGGGGGCCUCACACACUGACGCAUCCUGUGAGCUUUGUGGGUUUGAGUUUGAGAACCGCAAAGCUCUGGCCAGUCACGCACGGGCCCACCUCCGACAGCUGGGCAUGGUUGAAUGGAAGGCAGACGGGGCGAGUUCACCCAUCGAGCUCCUCAGUGAGCUGAUCCGCAGGGACCCAGCCAAGGUGUCCGCAAUAACCCGACGCUAUCGCAUGGGAGACCUGUAUAUCAAAAGGAGACAUGCUGGGUCGCCCUCUCUGCCCACAGACUCUGAAUCUGUGCCUGGCAGCAGUCUGAAGCCUGACCACAAAGGGGGCAGAGAGGACCAUGCCGGCUCAUCCAGACAAUCACAAGACCACAAACGGACCAUGGCAGCUCAUAGCAACGCUGUUGUGCGCUUCCCAAGAGGGGUCCAUCCGACAAAACACUCGGUGCCUAGAGGGGGAGAUAAUCAGGACUCCAACUCCCAGCAACCACCACGGUCCGGCAGCAUCCCUGCUAUGCUGCCCAAGCCCCCACUGACCCCUCUGGUUAAACUGGUGGGCAAAAUGUACUCCCUCAAGUGCAGGUUCUGUGAAGAAGUGUUUCAUGGACCUGUGUCUAUUCAAGAGCAGUGGAUCACACACCUGCAGAAACACAUCCUCUCACUGGGCUAUAAAGGCAAAGCCUCUCCCCCCGCCGCACCGGCUGUGGCUGCUCCUGCUCUCGUCGACCCAGUCGCCGUCUAGCUCACAAACCCUUUCAGAAAUUCUCACAAAAGUCAUCUCGGAGUCAAGAAGUCAUCUUGCUCUUCUGCCUGUUUUGAGUUGACAGAUUGUCUGAAGUUGAUUUAAUGUCCAAGAGAGGGCGAUCAUGAGCCAUGUGAAGAAAGGAAGCAGUGUGAGGCCCUCUCAGGUAAAAUCCACUAUAUCGAUCUCAGUACUGGUGAACGGUUGUUGUGGAAAAAACAUCCUUCAUUUUGUUGACCAGUUCAGCGCUGUCCUUCUCAUGCUCAUACAGUACAUUCCUUCCAUUGUACAGCUGUUACACAUGUUUGAAUAUGAUUCAACGUUUGUCAUUAAGAAAUGACAUUUCCCGCACUGAUGAAAUGGACAAAAUGAAUUUUCGGCCUACUGAGUAAUACACCAGACUAUUCGCUGUGAGACUUUUUCUUUCAGGCCAAGUCUUAUUUUAUAAAUUAUUUUUAAAAGAGUUUUACUUUAAAUUUAGGAGAAUUACACACAGAAUAUGUAUCUAACCGAUUGCAUCUUUUGUAGAAAAAGUUACAGUUUUGUAAUGUAAAAUUCAACCUCUCUGACACAGUGACACUGUGUUUAUGGUAUUGCUCUUUUCUUCAGGUAUGACUGCUAAUCAUGUACUGUUUUUUAUAUAUGUGCUCUUUUUACAUUUCUUUUUUAACACUUAUAUAAAUUAAAGCCUUACUUAUAAAUAAACCUAUAUGAAAUGUUUUUUAUAAUGUACAAAUAUUAUACAAAUGUAAAGUAAACCUGAAACUCUUUUUGUGCUUUAAA